AUGACAGCACUGCUGCUAUCCGGACCCUCCAGGCCAAACGGCCUUCUCCUAGCUUUGGCUGUAAUUGCCGUUGGUGUCGCGAUCACCCUCUUGGCAAAUAAUUUCAACCAGCGCCGAAGAUCGCGACAACUUGAGCGACUUCAUGGCUGUGAGCAGCCGCCCAACGAAAGCGACCGCUUCCAAUAUGACAUUUUUGGCAUCGCUAAAUCAAUCGAGUUGGCAUAUCAUUUCCGCCGUCGAACGUCUCUCCCGUACACAAAUGCACUCUUCGAGAGAUAUGGGGAGACAUAUGCCUCCAAUGUCUUAGGGUAUCGGCUGCUAUUUACCUGCAACGCGGACAAUAUCAAACAUCUGCUUUCAGCGGCAUUUGUUGACUUCGAUAGUUCUCCGUUGCGAAGGCCAUUGUUUGAGCCAAUCACACCACAUGGCAUAUUCACCCUUGACGGUGCGGCCUGGAAAACAAGCCGGGAACAGUUGCGAAGUCGGCUCUCCGACCUUCGCAAGGCCAUCGAUCUUAGCUUGUGUGAGCAGCACUUCCAAGCUUUUCUUCGGCACAUCCCUCUGAAUGGGCGACCCUUCGAUAUCCAGUCCUGCGCGUUUGGUCUGUCUCUAGACAUGCAGACCUUGUUUUCCCUGGGAGAGUCUAUUGAUGCUCUCAGCUCCACCCAAUCCCAAGAAAAGAAGCAAUUUUUCAAGGAUCUGCUUCUUGUUAAGAAUAGAAUCGUGCAAGAUGGCUUCCGUGGCCCGCUUCGUCAUUUAGUACCCAAACGGAGCUUCCUGCAGGCUUGCAAGAGCUCACGAGCAUAUGUGAUGACUCGGGUUGUUAGAGAUCUGGAAAGACAAGGCAGUGUGGACAAAGAGGCGGAUGAACUGCCUACACUCGAAUCAUACUCCGAUACAAAUCGGGUAUCACAGCUUACCGAUCAAGCUUUGAGUAUCUUACUUGCAAACGAUAGCAUGAGCACGACACUUUCGGGCCUUUUCUACUGUCUUGCCCAGAACGAGCGCGUUGUGCAUAAGCUGCAAGCAUCCAUCAUUGACGCCAUUGGAUUGACACCUCCAACGUGGGGGCAACUCGGGACGCUGCAAUAUGUCCGCUGGGUCCUUCAAGAAGCGAUGCGACUAUUUCCCCCAGUUGUUUUGAAUGCGAGAGUGGCAAACAAGGAAUCAACCCUGCCAACUGGAGGUGGAGCUCAUGGUGAUAAGCCGGUUCUUGUUAUGAAAGGAGACAUUGUAGUUUUUUCCACCUGGGCUAGGCAUCGCUUAGGGAAGGAUUUUGGGGAGGAUCCUGAGGAAUUCCGUCCAGAGCGGUGGGAACAGCUAAGCGGAGACAUGGCUGGCUAUAUCCCGUUCAAUAAGGGUCCUAGAAUCUGCCCUGGCCAACAUUAUGCUAUGACUGUGCUCACAUACAUUGUGGCUCGCAUAUUCCAAACCUUCUCAACCGUGUCAGAUUAUAAUGCUAGGCCAUGGACGGAACGCAUUAGUAUGACUUUCGAGAAUGAGAAUGGGGUGCUAGUUGGGCUUAGCUAG